GCUGCACCAGGUGGGGGCGUGGCCAAAUGUCGUGGGUGUGGAUGGAAAGGGUCAGUUUCAAGGUGUACAAUUGUUGACUGAAACAAAGACCUUAGCCACGACAACCAUAAAGUUUUCACACAUUUUAGCCACAGGAUUUGAGUCAUUGAAGGAAUUUACCAAAGGGACCGUUGCUACUUUUGAUCAACAUUUGAAUUAAUCUCCCUCACGCGUUGUUUUGAAACUUCUUGGACCCCAGGGAGGACUAUAGUCCCGUGCAUUUAAAGUGUCUAAAUCGUUUUGUUUGAUAGAACUUUCUACCAACUGGAUUUAACGCUGAAGUAAUUGAAGAACAUGAAUUCCGCAAGAUUUGAAUACGAGGGGCAGAACGGGCGGCAUGAGCAGGUCACCUUCCUGGAUAACAAAGAGAAGAUGGCAUCGAAGAAGAAGACUGGAGUGAUAGUGGGAGUCCUCAUCGCUCUGCUUGUCUUGGCCGCUGUGACAGGAAUCCUCAUCUGGCUCUUUGUUAUCAAAGGCAGGGAGUCUGCGGCCACCAUAAGUAUGAAGCGUGUCCCAGCUCAGCGGGUGUAUAGCGGGCACAUGAAACUGGACAACGUGCCCUACAACCAGAAUCUGGAGGACCCCACCAGCACAGAGUUCCAAAAGUUGGCAGAUGACCUGGAAGAGAUACUUAAGAGCAACUACAAACAAGUUGAGUUCCUCUCCAAGUACUACACCACAUCUGUGGUGACCGCCUUCAGUGAGGGGGUGCUGGCCUACUACUGGACCCAGUUUGAUAUCCCGCCAGCGGACCUGGAGAUACUGCCAGAGUUCUCUGAGGAGCGGGUCCUGGAGGUGCUGUGGAACGGCAUCAGGGAGCAGGGCAAACGCUCCGGCCAGAGCCUCCACAUCAGCCAAGUCACUGCUUCACGCACAGACCCCAGGAUGGCCAGGAACCCCAGAGCCGAUUACGAGUGUUUCUUCCGGUUGGAGGCUAGCACUUUAGCUCAGAGCUUCCAGUCUCCAGGCUUUCCAGAUCAUUACCCGGCCCAGUCCCGCUGCCAGUGGCAGAUCAGAGCCCCGGAACAGAACGCCAUCUCAGUCCGCUUCUCCCACUUUCACAUAGAGGACGACUGCUCCGAUGACUUUGUGUCCAUCUACGACUCCCUCAGCCCGGAUGAGUCCCAGGCCAUCACUCACAAGUGUGGUCAGAGGCCUCCCAGCAAUCCCCUGGAGGUGGUGUCGUCCAGUAACAUCAUGCUCAUCAACCUCAUCACCGACAGCGCUGUCCAGAGGCCCGGCUUCAGUGCAGAGUACUCAAUCAUCCCCCUAACAACAUCCAAAAGUUGUGGAGGAGUCCUGAGUGAUGGUCAGGGGAACUUCAGCUCUCCCCAUUACCCCAGCUUCUAUCCCCCAGCCCUGGACUGCAAAUGGACCAUCGAGGUCCCUGCAGGGAAGCAGGUACGUGUGAAGUUCACCAUGUUCCGUAUGAAGGAGCCGAGAGUGGACGUCAGGGUGUGUCACAAAGACUACAUAGAGGUCAUGGGCACCAAGUACUGUGGGGAGCUGUCUUCUUUGGCCCUUACCAGUACCACCAGCUCUCUGGUUGUGAUGUUCCACUCUGACGAGUCCUUCACAGACAAAGGCUUCCAGGCUCAGUACAACGCAUACGAUCCUUCCAACCCUUGCCCCAACCAGUUUGCCUGUGGCUCUGGGUUCUGUAUCAAGAAGGAGCUGCAUUGUGAUGGCUGGAAUGACUGUGGGGACAUGAGUGAUGAAAUGAACUGCAAAUGUGAAAAGGACCAGUUUGCCUGUGACAAUGGGAUGUGCAAGCCCAAGUACUGGGUGUGCGACCGUGUCAACGACUGCGGUGACGAGAGUGAUGAGAAGCACUGCAGCUGUGCUAAUAAUGAGUGGAGGUGUGGCGAUGGGACCUGUUUGCCUCAGGAUGUGGUGUGUGACACUAAGAUGGACUGUGUAGACGGGAGUGACGAGGCUUCCUGUACCGUCUCUUCUGGUAUCUGCUCUGACUUCAGCUUUAAGUGUAAGAACGAGGCCUGUGUGAACAAGGUGAACGCUGAGUGUGACCGGGUCAAAGACUGCACCGACGAAUCCGAUGAGGAGGGCUGCGACUGUGGUAUCCGGCCAUACAAGCUUAACCGUAUUGUGGGCGGGGAGAAUGCGCAGCUGGGGGAGUGGCCCUGGCAGGUGAGCCUGCACUUCCAGACCCGUGGGCAUGUGUGUGGCGCGUCAAUCAUCUCCAACCGCUGGCUCCUGUCUGCCGCCCACUGCUUCAAGACCAUCAGCCCUGAAAACCACGUGGCCUCCAACUGGCAGACGUACAGUGGCAUGCAGGACCAGUAUAAGCAGGAAAGUGUUCAGAGAAGCUCGGUGAAGACCAUUAUCACCCACCCAGACUACAACCAGAUGACCUAUGACUAUGACAUCGCCCUGCUGGAGCUGAGCCAGCCGCUGGAGUUCACCAACACCAUCCACCCCAUCUGCCUACCCGCACGCUCCCACCUCUUCCCUGCUGGCAUGUCCUGUUGGGUUACAGGCUGGGGCACGCUCCGUGAAGGAGGUUCCAUAGCACGGCUGCUGCAGAAGGCAGAGGUGAAGAUCAUUAACGACACGGUGUGUAACGUGGUCACCGAGGGUCAGGUCACAUCCAGGAUGCUCUGCUCCGGCUUCCUGUCUGGAGGGGUUGACGCCUGUCAGGGAGACUCGGGGGGUCCCCUGGUGUGCUUCGAGGAAAGUGGGAUGUGGUUCCAGGCAGGCAUCGUGAGCUGGGGUGAGGGCUGCGCUCGUCGGAACAAGCCCGGCGUCUACUCGCGUGUCACCAAGCUGAGAGACUGGAUCCGCAAGAACACGGGGGUUUGAUGAUGGAACAUGGGGGAGGGGGAGGGACAGCGGGUAGACAGUUUGGGGCUCUGACAGAACAAGACAAAAAAUAUGGAACAUUGAGUCUGAUUGAGGACGAGUCCCCCCAUGAUGACCAGAGCUAUCCAUCCAUCUAGCCAGCCUCAACCAGCCUCCGACACCCACUGAGGGCCUGCAUGGGGCUAGCUACUGCUCAGAUGAAUGAUUUCAAAUGGGUUUUGGAUUAGAUUUUUCAAUGUUUUUAUGCUGUACUGAUGCAACCCUGGUUCUCAAAGGCUCUGAGAAGCAGCAAGACUCCUGCACCUCCAUCAAUCAUGUCAUGUUCCACUGGUUUGAGUAAUAUUCACCCAGUGUAAAUAAUGGAAGAUGUAUAUUUUGAAGAUGCACUUUGUUUUUAAGUGGUACAUUAUUUGCCAAAUCUCCGCCAUUGCUAUGAUGUGAGAUCACAUCUUCUGUUAGACAGACAGACAUACCAAAUGAACUGAGGGAAUUAGAAUUGGAACAGAAGUAGAAUAGUUGGUUGUAUUUUUACAAUGUAUUUCUUUACCAGCUGUUUUCACCUGCCAAUUUUCACUUAAAGUGCCUUGACAAGAACAUGGAAUGUUUUAUAAGUCAGUGUGAUACCGGUGAUAUUAGUAAUUCCACAUUUUGUCACAGCCUGAAUUAAAAAGGGAUUAAAUAUAAACUAAAAUCACCCAUCUAUACACAAUACCCCAUGAUGACAACGUGAAAACCUAUUUUUAGAAAUGUUUGUACAGAAAUAUCUAAUUUACAUAUGUAUAUUCACCCCCCUGAGUAAAUUCAUGUUAUAAUCACCUUCAGUAGGGAUUACAACUGCGAGUCUUUCUUGGUAAGUCCCUAAUGAGGUUUCCACAUCUGUAAUGUACAAUAUUUGCACAUUUAUUCUUUUCAAAAUUCUUCAAUCUCUUUCAAGUUUGUUGUUGAUCAUUACUGGACAGCCAUUUUCAAGUCUUGCCAUAGGUUUUCAAGUCUAUUUUAAUUUAAAACUGUCACUAAGCCACUCAGGAAUAUUCAAUGUCAUCUUGGUAAGCAACUCCAGUGUAUAUUGUUGUGCACCAGGGCCUCCCACUCUUUCUAUUCUGGUUAGAUCCAGUUUGCGCAGUUCUGUGAAGGGAGUAGUACACAGCAUUGCACGAGAUCUUCAGUUUCUUGACAAUUUCUCGCAUGGAAUAGCCUUCAUUUUCCAGAACAAGAAUUGACUGGCGCGUUUCAGAAGAAAGUUAUUUUGAGCCUGUAAUCGAACCCACAAAUGUCGAUGCUCCAGAUACUCAACUACUCAACUAGUCUAAAGAAGGCCAGUUAAUUUUUUUAAUGAGCACAACAGUUUUCAGCUGUGCUAACAUAAUUGCAAAGGGGCUUUAUAAUGAUCAAUUAGCUUUUAUAAAAUUAAGCUUAACACAACGUGCCAUUGGAACACAGGAGGGAUGGUUGCUGAUAAUGGGCCUCUGUAUGUAGAUAUUCCAUAAAAAAUCAGCCGUUUCCAGCUACCAUAGUCAUUUACAACAUUAACAAUGUCUACACUGUAUUUCUGAUCAAUUUGAUGUUACUUUAAUGAGCAAAAAAAUGUGAUUUUCUUUCGCAAACAAGGACAUUUCCUAGUGACCCCAAACUUUUGAACGGUAGUGUGCAUUUAAUUUCUUUGCCACAUUUUUUUUGCAGUUUUACUUUAGUGCCUUAUUGCAAACGGGAUGCAUGUUUUCUAAUAUUUUGUAGUAUUUUUAUUCUGUACAGGCUUUCUUCUUUUCAGUCUGUCAUUUAGGUUAGUAUUGUGGAGUAACUACAAUGUUGGUGAGCCAUCCUCAGUUUUCUCUUGUCAUAGUCAUUAAACUCUAACCUUUUUAAAGUCA